AUGGUAACAAUAUGUACCUACAAUGCACGCACACUUGCAUCCGAGUCCUCGAUAAAGGACUUGCUUAUGGAAGCAAGAAGGAUAUGGUACGACGUUAUCGGCAUGGCCGAUAAGAGACGACGCCACUCAUUCAACACCGUCUGUGACACCGGAAAAGAAAUGUUCCUCGCGACAUGCGACAGUAGACGAGUCGUCGGUAUGGGCGUUCUCGGCAACACGGGUUUCCCCAUGAACAUCGAUUCAUUCGACCAGCCUACAACACCAAUCAGACGUUUACGAUUAAAAAGAUGUGGACCAAUACCGGCUUUCAAAAUCUUCGUCGUUUACGCGCCGACAUCAAACUAUGACGAAAAAGGAGUCGAAACGUUCUAA